AUGAGUGAGUUGUUGGAUUUGGAGUCUGAGGAAGUGAAGAUGAUUGGUAUAUGGGGUUCCUCCGGGAUUGGUAAGACUACAAUCGCCAGAGUUCUGUUCAGUCGUCUCUCUCGACACUUCCAAGGUAGCAUUUACAUCGACAGGCGUUUCAUAAAUAAGAGCAUGGAAAUUUAUAGCAAGAGCAACCCGGAUGACUAUAACAUGAAGCUGCAUUUGCAAGAAAAUUUCCUGUGUAAGAUAUUAGAUAAGCAGAUGAUAGAGGUUGAUCACUUGGGUGCGGUGAGAGAGAAGCUAAAGAACAUGAAAGUUCUUAUCUUUAUCGAUGAUAUGGAUGAUGGAGUGGUGUUAGAGACAUUGGUUGGUGGGAUGAAUGGUUUGGUCUGGAAGCAGAAUCAUUGUGGUCACAAAGGAUAA